GUUCGAUUGUAAGUUUUAAUUUAAACCGAAUUUAGUUUAACUUUGGAGAGAAGACGCGGCCUAACCGAUGGGGAUCUCUUCCUCCGUCCCGGCCUUUUUCUCUAACUCCGCCACCGCCUCUCUUCCUCCUCCUCCGUCGCCGUCGCCUUCAUCGCCGUCACGCGUCAAUGAGAAACCUGAGAGGCCUCGUUUCUUCGAUGGAAAGGCGAAGAACAAGUGCUGGGCUAGUGCAGACAUCGUGCCCGGUCGGCAUCCCGAGAGGUGGCGUAAGGACGCCGCCGGAAAUAUCGUCUGCAAGAGAUUCGGAAACUGCAGCGGCUGUCUCUGUUUCGAGUACGAUCACAUUGUUCCUUACUCCAAAGGUGGAGAAUCGACGGCUGAGAAUUGUCAGAUUCUUCAAACUAGAGUGAACAGAUUAAAAGCAGCUCAAGAUAAUGUGGAUGCAGAAACACUCAAGGGUUAUUCUUGUGGCCUGCAAUUCACAGACAAGGAGCUCGAUGUCAUUGAAAUGGCGGUUUAUGGAGACGUGUUACGACCUGGGAAAGAAUGUCGCUGCAAAACCGUAGCUGAGUUGCUUGGUCAGUACAAGUCCAAAGAUGGUAAAGCCGCGUGCGAGUUACCAUCAUAAUAAUAAAGUAAUCAGCCAUCUUUUUCUAAAGCAUUGAUUCACCUCAUCUGCUCAAACUUUGCGGAACAUAUUUUAGACCCAUCUAAAAGUUUUUACUCAAUUUGAAAAACCAUUUGUUUGUGAGAGAGAGAGAGUAGUAAUGAUGAUUCUACACAGUUUCUCCUGUCUAUUUUGUUGUAAGGUUUCGAAGUGAUAUUCAAAUUAUACGAAUACCUAACUUUAAGUCAAUAAAGAUUUUUAGUA